AUUCAAUUGUACAACCAAGUCUGUUAAAACGACGAUGCCAUUUGUUCAAAGAAUAAUUAAUUUGCGUUGAUAUACGUAGCGUUGACGACAUAUUUCGCUUUUUACAUACAUAAUUCUCACGCGUUCCGCAAAAUCCGGACGGCCCGUAAACGCAUCCCUCAACAAGCAGCCAAUCAGGGACGAGCUGUGGUGAUUGAACGCUGAUGGCCUCCGACGCCUGAGAAGAAGUGCUUCUUUACGUCUCACAGACUGCAUCUUUCAUGGGUGAAGGGAUACAGAAAGAAGCCAGGAGGCCUUCCAGCCUGAGAUGAGUCCUCCUCCCCUGAGUCUCUCCGGCCACCGGCUCAUCCACAGCUGAUCUAGAUGGACGACCCCGACUGACCAGCACCAGUUAUCUAUCUGAAGCCACCAUGUCUGUCUCUACGGUUUUGGCAAAGGCACUGUUCGACAACGCAGCAGAGAGCCCGGAGGAGCUGGCUUUCCGGAAGGGUGACAUACUGAUGGUUCUUGAGCAGGAGCAGGGUGGUGGGCCGGGCUGGUGGCUCUGCUCCCUGCAUGGCAGACAGGGCAUCGCCCCCGCAAACCGUCUUCGGCUCCUCCAGACCGCCUCAGAUCCCCGUCGCGGCCCCGGUGAGGACUCUGUCUACCUGUCUCCCGCCUCCCCACUGACCCGGACCUCCGUCAGCGGCAGUGCAGAGGACAUAGAUGGAGUGUAUCGCUCCCCGCCGGCUGUGGGUGAGGCACGAGGAGCUGACUUAAGGCCUGGGGAGCUCCGCCGAGUGGAGAGCGGGCGCCCGCGCUCGCACUCCAGCUCUGGCACCCGGCCCAGACCUGAUUGGGACUUAGGGGUGGCGGGGCGUCCGCGCUCGCCCUCUCUGAGAGGACGAGGCACAGAAGUGUCAGGAACACUUUAUCAGACUCCAGUAAGUCCCAUGUCGUCAGCAGCUCAGCAUGCCAGACAACCAGGAACUCCCACGGCUGCAGAGUCGGUGUACCUCGCCCCCACUGGAGUUCCAAGGGCAGCGGAUGAACCAGAGGACACUACAUAUCUAGUUCCUAGAGAAACACUAACGGGACACUCGGAUGACUGUUAUUUGGUGCCCAAAGGUACGCCACUUGCAGGUGACGAUGUUUACCAAUCCCCGACAGGAGGGGUUGUGGGCUCUGCUCUGUGCUCUAAUGGACCCAGUGGAACACCUGGUACCCCCCAGCUGAAAGUGAGCCAGGACACACCUACCAUGUACCAAACACCCACCCCUGUAGGAGCAAGCCUCCAAAGGACUCAAGCCACAGUUUUAGCCCACCAGCACCCAUCUCAAUUAUCCCCGGUCCAAGCAUCUCCCAGACCUCUGCUCAAGGGAGUUUCGCCCAACCCCGCUGUUGCCAGGGGCAAACCCAGUCUGGCCUGUCACCGGGGGUCUCCUUUGCUGGUCCGAGCAGGGCAGGUCAGGGUUCCUGGAUCACCAAAUUUUGCCCGCAAACCUCCUCCGCCAGCACCUCCGGUGAGGGGAGUCACCAGGAAAGAUGCAGCAACAUCAUUGGCUGAUUCUAACUCUGUCCCCAAACCCGCUGCUCAGGUCACUUCUGCAAACCUGCAGCAAGAAGAGGACAAACAGAGGGGGGGUCCUCAGAGUAAGGAGGACAGGACGAAUGAUAUCCUGGAGAAGAGAAACAACGUGCUGAACAAAAAAGGAGAUAAACAGGAUUACUCGCAAGAUGUGGAUGACCAGGUGUACGAUACUCCUCCGAGUGGCAGGUGGCAGCGCCCCGUCCCAUCCUCCAUCGGUGAUGAUGAUGAUGAUGGCAUCUAUGACACCCCUCGCAGUCUCCCACCACAAGCUGAUUCAGAGUCGGAGGUCUAUGAUGUCCCCACCAUCAUUCUCAAUAUGUCCACGUCAGACAUCCAGCCUGAAGAAGUCGAUGAAGACGUAUACAGUGUUCCUACACUUCCAGGGGUGCCUCUGGGCCCGGGGGAGUCCACCAUCAGCCUCUCUGGCGAGGAUUCUGGUCAGGUCUAUCGUGUCCCUGGAUCUGAGAAACGAGUUAGCGGCGGAGGUCAUAACCGAGACUCCUCCGAACCCGACUGUGGCAUCUACGACAUGCCUGCGUUGAACGCCGAAGUCCUCCCUCACUCUCUGUCAUCCUCCUCCACCUCCACUCGCCGCCUCUCCAUUUCCAGUAACGGUUCGGGCGACGUGCAGUGGAGGGCCAACCUUUCCAGCCUCGUCCACUCAGUGCUGAGCGCGGCCUCCUGCUCGCCCUCCGCUCUGUCGUCACGGGACCUGGCCACCUCGCUGGCUGAAAUCCUGUCGACCUGGAAGGCGUGUCAUUCGGACGAUCCUCCGCCACCUCUUCAGCAGGCAUGGGCUCGUCUGUCGGACCUCCUGCCGGCGUUGUCCGCCAUCGGCAACGCUCCCCCCUCCGAAGGGCUGCUGACGCUGGUCCAGCGCUCCCUAGAGGAGAGCGCCCUCCUCUUGCAGGCUCAGGGUCGACCACGUUUGCCUUCCCAAGACUCCCUGUCCCGCAGGCCUUUGCCAGCGCUCCCAGUGCCUGAUGGGAAGUCCUCCGGCGGUGGGAUGGGCUCCCGUAAAGGUAGCUGGAUCCAGGAGCGACCCCUGCCGCCAACCCCUCAGCCGGCCUUCCCCUUGCCUCCCACUCUGUCGACGGUGACACUGACGAUAGGUCCUGAUGACGAUGAAGAUGACCCCAGCAAUGAGUAUGCAGGGAUCGGCCUGACUCCCAUCCCUGCCCCGGUGCCUACUGGAGACAGCGUUGGAUACGUCAAGCUGCAGGGAAAACCUGAGCCGCUUCCUGAUGUUCUGGGUGAGAACGGACACAUGCAAACCAUCAAUGGAGAUCCAACGUUGACCCCGUCCCCUCCACUUCCUGCGUCCCUCUCCCUGGAGGACUCGGAGCUGCUGUCCUUCUACUCGUCUCAGAGCCUCGCUCACCUCUCCUGCCUGGCAGACGCCAUCGACGUGCUCUUCAGCAGCGUGCAGGGGAACCAGCCGCCGCGCAUCUUCGUCGCCAGGGGAAAGAGUCUCAUCGUGACGGCACACAAGCUGGUGUUUAUCGGGGACACGCUCUCCCGGCUUCUCACCUCCGCCGACCUCCGGGCCAAGAUCACAACCUCAGGGGGACGACUCUGUCAGGCCUUGAAGACAGUUGUCGUGGCAACAAAGGGCGCCGCACAAAACUACCCGUCAGUAUCGGCCACCCAGGAGAUGGUGGACCGCGUCGCUGAGCUCUCCCAGCAAGCCGCUGGCUUCUCCACUCUGCUGCAGCGCCUGGCAGAAAUAUCGUCAUGAUAUUUCCUAUCACUCGCUUAAAAACUCUGAUUACACUACACAUAUAUUUUCUCCUUUUGAAAUGCCUUAUUUGUUGUUAGACUCUUGCGUUUGAAUGGGAUUGGAGCAAGCGAGGUUGAAACCUGGAAUAAGUGUUUGGCCUCGCUGCAGCUGUUACUAAAAUGGGUUGUGAGUGUUGGUUCUGUCCUCCAAGUGUGUGUUGGCUUGCCUUUGUUUAUGUACUGACCUCCGUGCUUUGAUGCCAGGCACACUUGUCUUUUUGAGUGUUAACUUAUUGAAUAUUUGAGGCCCUUCCUUGGCUUUGAGCGUCCUUGCGGACUGUUUAUCUUAGGAGCUUUUGCUUUGUUAUGUUUGCCAUAUUUUUCUUUCCCUCACAUGAUAGCCAUUUUCCUUCCUCCCUCUAUUUAUUCAGCCACCCCCCUGUUCCAAAAAUAGCACAGAAGGAGGCCUGACAUCCUGGUUCUGGCCUACUUUCUACUGUUAACCUGAAAGGCCUUUUGUCAUUAUCAUGCUGAAGCAGCAUAUCAAGUGUUUUGGGCUUAAUAUGGAACGAAUGGGGGAGAUUGUGGAGUAUAAAGUUCGCCUGACUUCCUUUCUUGAAUCUGUGCAAGUAUGUGUCGUGUUUGUGUAUUACCCAUUUCCACUAGAAAGCAAACUGCAGUACAGCUUGUAAUCCACUCAAUAGGAUAACAAACCUCCCUCAAUACAUGUUCAGCGUACUUCCAUGCAGGCGUACACGCCUCAUAAAGAAAUAAUUAAAUCCUGUCUGACAGAGAGAUAAUAUCCGAGCGUCAGUUGUGAUAGGUGGAUGAGAAAUGACCUAAUCUUGUUCUUUCCCACAGUCACAUGGUAAAUCUGGCAGUGGAUAGGAAACCUGUUCCAAGCUCACCUGUCUGCACUUGUCUUGUUAUUGUCUGCAUGCUUAAAUUCCUUUUGAAUUAUUUUGCUUUCCAUGUUCAUUUCCCACAAAAUGCUCAACCCGUCAGCAGUGCUUACUCACUUCUGUUUGAUUGUUUCAUGUCAGGUAGAAACAAAGGCUGGGUGUGAUAAAUAUAUAAUUCACCAAUAAUGUAAAACACAGCAGUGGAACACAGAGUAUACA